AAAAAGAAAAGCGUAAAGGGAAAUGAAGGCAAGGAGGGAGGGAAGAGAGAUGGAGAAGCAAAACAUCCUCACCUCCCUGGGGUCAGAUAGAAGCAGUCAAGCUGCUGUGUUGUGCCUACAGGGUCAAAGGUGACUCAUCUCCAACUCACAAAGAUACCAGACACACAUAUCACGCACACAUCUCAGAGGUCAAACUGAGGGUCAUGACCAGCUGACAGUGAGCAGAAACAAGACGCUAUACACCACACACACUUUGUGCAAUGCUGGGCUGUCUGGCACUCUGGGGAAGAGCAGAAGCAGGCAUGACAGUAUGUGUGUGUGUGCGUUUGUAAUGUAUCCUCCCGUCCUGUAGGUGGCGAGCAGGCAGCCAGCAGACCGUUCUCUAUGAGGAGCAGUAGAAGAUGCCGGCUCUGCCAGCGCUGCUGCUGUCGAUACACUUCUCCUCCUUCCUGCUAGUUACCAUGGCACCACGCUCCGGAAGCCAGGCCGCCCUGCUCUCCUCCGUCCGGAUGGCUGCGAUCCUGGAUGACCAGUCAGUGUGUGGGCGUGGGGAGCGGCUGGCUCUGGCCCUGGCCAGGGAGAACAUAAACAGUGUGAUGGAGGGAGGGGCCAGAGCCCGUGUGGAGGUGGAUAUAUUCGAACUGCAGAGGGACUCCCAGUACGAGACCACUGACACCAUGUGCCAGAUUCUACCUAAAGGAGUGGUGUCUGUGAUAGGCCCUGCCAACAGCCCUGCUUCUGGUUCUACUGUCAGUCAUAUAUGUGGAGAGAAGGAGAUCCCACAUGUAAAGAUAGGUCCAGAGGAGACUCCCAGGUUGCCCUACCUGCGUUUUGCCUCGGUCAGUCUAUACCCUAGCAAUGAGGACCUGAGCCUGGCCGUGGCAGCCAUCCUGCGAUCAUUCAGCUACCCCUCAGCCAGCCUGGUCUGCGCCAAGGCCGAGUGCCUUCUGCGAUUGGAGGAGCUAGUGCGGCGCUUCCUGAUCUCCAGGGAGACCCUGUCAAUCAGGAUGCUGGAUGACAGCCUGGAUCCCACCCCUCUGCUGAAGGAGAUACGAGAUGACAAGGUGGCCACCAUCAUCAUCGACGCCAACGCCUCCAUCUCCUACCUCAUCCUUAAAAAGGCGUCAGAGUUGGGGAUGACAUCAGCGUUUUACAAGUACAUCCUCACCACCAUGGACUUCCCCCUGCUGAGGCUGGAUGACAUAGUCGAUGACCAGUCCAACAUCAUAGGGUUCUCCAUGUUCAACACCACCCAUCCGUUCUACCUGGAGUUCAUCAGGAGUCUCAACCUGUCCUGGAGGGAGGGCUGUAAUCUCAUCUACCCCGGGCCUGCGUUGUCGUCAGCGUUGAUGUUUGACGCGGUGCACGUUGUGGUGGGGGCGGUGAGGGAGCUCAACAGGAGUCAGGAGAUUGGAGUCAAACCUCUCAGCUGCACCUCUCCUCAGAUCUGGCAACACGGCACCAGCCUCAUGAACUACCUACGCAUGGUGGAGUAUGAUGGUCUGACAGGCCAUGUGGAGUUCAACAGUAAAGGACAGAGGACCAACUACACCCUGAGGAUUCUGGAGAAACACCGCAGGGGUCACAGAGAGAUUGGUAUCUGGUACUCCAACAACACACUGGCUAUGAACGCCACCAGUCUGGACAUCAACGUCUCGGAAACACUGGCCAACAAGACCCUCGUCGUCACCACCAUACUGGAGAGCCCCUAUGUGAUGCGUAAGGGGAACUACCAGGAGUACCAGGGGAAUGACCAGUACGAAGGCUUCUGUGUGGACAUGUUGAGAGAGCUGGCAGACAUCUUGAAGUGCUCCUUCAGGAUUAAACUGGUGGAUGAUGGGCUGUAUGGAGCGCCUGAACCCAAUGGGUCCUGGACCGGCAUGGUGGGAGAGCUCAUCAACAGGAAAGCAGACUUGGCAGUAGCAGGCUUCACCAUCACGUCUGAGAGGGAGAAAGUCAUAGACUUCUCCAAGCCCUUCAUGACGCUAGGAAUCAGCAUCUUGUACAGAGUCCACCUGGGGAGGAAACCGGGGUAUUUCUCCUUCCUGGACCCAUUCUCUCCGGCCGUUUGGCUCUUCAUGCUGCUCGCCUACCUGGCUGUCAGCUGUGUGCUCUUCCUGGCUGCAAGGUUGAGUCCCUAUGAGUGGUACAACCCCCACCCGUGUUUGCAGGGGCACAAGGACAUGCUGGAGAACCAGUACACCCUAGGGAACAGUCUGUGGUUCCCUGUUGGAGGCUUCAUGCAGCAGGGCUCUGAGAUCAUGCCCCGUGCCCUGUCCACACGCUGCGUCUCAGGGGUCUGGUGGAUGUUUACGCUGAUCAUCAUCUCCUCCUACACGGCUAACCUGGCAGCCUUCCUGACCGUCCAGAGGAUGGAGGUGCCCAUCGAGUCUCCUGACGACCUGGCCGACCAGACCAACAUCGAGUAUGGCACUAUCCACGGGGGGAGCACCAUGACUUUCUUCAUGAACUCGCGCUACCAGACAUACCAGCGCAUGUGGAACUACAUGCACUCCAAGCAGCCCAGUGUGUUUGUGAAGAGCACGGAGGAGGGCAUUGCCCGCGUGGUCAACUCUAAAUAUGCCUUCCUCCUGGAGAGCACCAUGAAUGAGUACUACCGCAAACUCAACUGUAACCUCACCCAGAUAGGUGGUCUGCUGGACACCAAGGGCUACGGCAUCGGCAUGCCACUGGGCUCUCCGUUCAGAGAGGAGAUCACUAUGGCCAUCCUGCACCUGCAGGAGAACAACAGGCUGGAGAUCCUGAAGAGGAGGUGGUGGGAGGGAGGACAGUGCCCUAAAGAGGAGGACCACAGAGCCAAGGGUCUGGGCAUGGAGAACAUUGGGGGUAUCUUCGUGGUGUUGAUCUGUGGCCUCAUCAUUGCUGUGUUCGUGGCCAUCAUGGAGUUUGUGUGGUCAACGCGCUGCUCUUCAGAGACAGACGAGGUACGCCCUCAAUCCUGCCCUCGCCGACACCACAGACCCACCCCAGUGUCUGUCUGUCAGGAGAUGCUCACCGAGUUCCGAAACGCCGUCUCCUGUAAGAAGAGUUCCCGUUCCCGUCGUCGCCGCCCCCUGGGCAACUCCGCGGCCCUCCGCCACCCCACCCGCAUCGCCCUGGGGGCCCAGCGGCCACUCCGCCUCGUACGGGAGAUGCGCCUCAGCAACGGCAAGCUCUACAGUGGCUCGGGACCCCUGACUGGGGGAGCAGGGGGGCCAGGAGGGGGUGUAGGGGCUGGGGGAGGUCCAUCAGACAUGGGCCCCGGGCCUCAGCGACUCCUGGAGGACCCUCUGGGGGCCAACACCACCCCUCCUCACCCGCCCCAGCCGCAGGCCGCCGUGGUGCUCCCUCGCAGCUGCACGCACGUCAGGAUCUGCCAGGAGUGCAGGAGGAUCCAGAGCCUGAGGUCAGGGAUGGGCUCCACGAGGAUCCCCCCCUCAUCUGCACCCUUGCCCCGCCUGCCCCCUCCUCCUCCCCCCUCCUCCUCCAACACAGACAGCGAGGGGGGAGGUGGGUCCAGCCCCCGGCGGCUCCCCCACAGCACCCCUGCACCCUGCCUACCCAUACCACCCCCACAGAGCAGCACCGACACAGACCUUCUGGGGAAGCAGGACUAAGACUGACGAACUAGGAGGGGCUGGAGGGUAUAUGUGGGGGCAAGUUAACAGUGACUUAACUGAUGUUUUUAGCUGCUCAGUGACACAAUAUUCUGUGACCCUCUGUACAUUGGCCUCCAGGAGGGAACUACAGGGAGAGAAGGAGGGAGAAAGAGAGAGAGAGAAUUAGAGGGAUCAAAGACGUUGUGAAAUGUGUGAUGAAGCAAUGGAAAUUAUAUAUUUGCACAGAUACCAAAAGACACACCCAUACAGAAGGAGAAAGAAGGAGAGACUUCCUAUGCUCUCCAGCGCGCUGCCCAGCUGGUUCUGAUGUUAGCCCAGUCUGUUCACAGAACCAUGCUCCACUAUGUUCUGGCUUUGUGAUUUACUUGAAGAUGGCUGCUCGGUUCUUAUCUUGACUUACCAGUGGAUCAAUCAGGACUGAGCUACACUUUAAAGCAGUCAGGUAACGCACAUAAUUUGAUGCCAGACAUACUGGUUUCUCUGUUGGUCUCUCUCUGUUCUCCCCGCUCUCUCUCUCCAUCUCUCUCUCUCUUUCCCUUUCCAUGGUACCACAGACUCUCAUCUAGAGCGGCCAGCUCUUCCUCUCUGGACGGUGACCACUGGAGGAGGAGGCCACAUCGAUCCUGGAGGACCUUUAAUCUAUGUAACAUACAACAACAGAAGACUUUAAAACUGAGUCAGAGAAUUAUAUGAUUUUCUCGAUUUUUUUGUUGUUGUCUUUGUCAUUUGGUUACCAUUGUUCUAAGUGGAAGUUACAGAAAAAUAAAGACUAUAUAUGUGACUAAUGUGGUGGAUCACGACACACUAUGAAGAAAGGACUCCCCUGAGGUUUACUGUGUGGAGGAGGUGUUUUGUCCCUCCGGGGACCCCGUAGCUGCUUUUGAAACGACAUUGAAGAAAGCAGAUUUGGCUGGAAAUGAGUUGCAACAAAGUCAGAUAUGCAUAAUAGAAUUGCUGUGUGUGUGUGUGUGUGUGUGUGUGUGUGUGUGUGUGUGUGUGUGUGUGUGUGUGUGUGUGUGUGUGUGUGUGUGUGUGUGCGCCUGCGUGCGCGUGUGUGUGUGCGCACACAGAGGUCUGUCCUUACAGUAAGUGAGAGAAACAAAUUAUCAUACCAUUUCAGUGUAAGUAUAUGAUAAUCAGAGGCUUUGCGAUAUGAAAUGACUUUUUAUCCUGGAGAAUACUUGCCAAGCCUUUUCUCCUCUUUACCUCUGUUCAUAGCACAGAGAGAGAGAAAGAGGAGAGAGAGCGAAAGAGGAGAGAGGAAGAGGAGAGAGAGAAAAAAGGAGAGAGCAAUGGAGAGAGGAAGAAGAGAGAGAUGAAGAGGAGUGAGAGAGAAAAAAUAGGAACGCAACAGUGAGGAACAGAGAGAUAAAGGAGGACUGUAUCAGAAUGACAAAUUCCAAAUUGAACUACUUCCAUAAUGAGAUCUCUCCUGAUCUGGUAAUUCUGAGCAGCAUCUUGCAGGGGGCUUGGCCGUGCUGCCGGGUGGCUGGGACUAAAGCUUCCCUGCUCUACAUCACGUUGAACUGGCUGUCUGCAGCACAGACGCCUGCCAGAGCUCCACACAGAGCUCCACACCACCCUGAGCCCUCUCAUUACAGCCUGUGGAGCUUUAGAUCUGGUAAUUAUUCCCCUUUAAUAACUAAUAGCCACACAAUGACUACGGAGGAGACUGAGGUCAUGGUUUAAUGUUAUAAAAGUAUGAUUGGGAAUAAUGUUAGGGUUCAAGCCUUUCUGAGGAUUUCUGCUGCCUCUCUCACAUAUACACCACAGAUCGUCACACACACACACACACACACACACACACACACACACACACACACACACACACACACACACACACACACACACACACACACACACACACACACACACACACACACACACACACACACACACACACACACACACACACACACACACACACACACACACACACACACACAGACAGACAGACAGACAUAACCAUGCAACCUAAGAAAUACAUAAUUAUCUCUGUGUUCUUCUAUUGAACCAACAGUGCAGCAGUGAGCCAGACACACACAGCUGCAUAGGUCACCACAUUGUCUGUGAUCUCCCUCUAGUCUCAACUCAAUGCUGUGAAACCACUGGAUGGCUUUGUUCCAAUUCACUUCAUUGGCCACCUUUCCUCAUCUCCUUUCCUGCUCAACAAUUGAUCUUACAGGGAUAGACAGGUGAAAGCACUGGUGCAUCUCUAACCGGUCCUUUCACCUAUCAGUGGUGAAGAAGGAAAGGAAAUAAGAAAAUUAAGACCUUUGAGUAUUGGGAUGCAUAACAAUGUCAGGGGGAGGGAAGGAGGGGUAGCCAAAGUGAAUCAGAGGGGUGUCUGUGAGGGGAGAGCGUUUACUCAACAACAAAAAACAUUGUUUUUGUUUACUUUUAUGUUCUCUCUGUUAUUUUUUCAUAUUUCUAUACUAGUGCUAAAUGGAUUAUUAAAAGAAUGACGUUGAAUAUUAUGAA